UUUCCAUAUUUCCAUUACCCGAAACCCUAAUCCCCAAUUUCUCUUCCAAUAUUUCGAUCACGAUAUCUGAGAAAUCUAGAGAGAAAUCCGAAAAAUUCCGGCGAUCAAGUCUCGUUCAGACAUUCCAGAAGGUAUAAUAAAGUCGAAGGAGUGAUUUAUCAUGAGAUUCAGAAAAGGAAGUAGAGUUGAGGUAUUUAGCAACAAAGAGGCACCUUAUGGUGCGUGGCGAUGUGCUGAGAUUAUCUCGGGUAAUGGACAUACCUACAAUGUUAGUUAUUACUCUUUCCAACUUGCACAACAGGAGAUUGUAAUGGAGAAAGUUCCACGCAAGAUAAUUAGGCCGUGUCCUCCACAAGUGGAUGUAGAGAGAUGGGAGACUGGUGAAUUGGUGGAAGUUCUUGAUAACUUUUCCUGGAAAGCUGCCACAGUUCGAGAAGAGUUAUGUGGAAAGUACUAUGUGGUUCGGUUACUUGGGACUCCAGCGGAAUUUACAUUUCACAAAGUAAACCUCAGGGCCCGACAGUCUUGGCAAGAUGAGAGAUGGGUUGCAAUUGGAAAGAUAUCAGGUUCUGUGAAGUCAUCCACUCUGACUGGAUCAGACGUACAUCAGAAGCUACAGCCUCAAAUGAACAGCAUACUUCUUCACGAGCCUAGUGUUGUCUCUGCUAGAAUACUGAAGAGGCCAUUUUCUCAGAACUGGUCGGAAUGUGCUGAAUCAUGCACAGGAAACCCUAAGAAGAUACGAUCACUGGAAGCGUCUUCUAAGAAUCGCAAAACUGGUUGCUGUCAAAUGGUCAGUGUAAGAUCAAAAGGUUUUAGUGAGAGUGUUCGUGCAGGAAACGUAGUCGCUGAUGAUUGUGAUGAUAGCGAUGCUUGCUCAGUUGGUAGUUGUAGCGUUACUAGUUAUGAUGAGAGUAAUAUGCCACCUUCUAUGCUAGAUGGCUCCAGUCAACAGGCAGACUCAUGUAACAGCGAUGCUGAAUCUUCUUGUGGCCUUGCGGGAGAAGUAAGGCGGAAACAUUCUUCGGGUGAUGGAGUAAGAAGGUCCUGUAGGUCGGAACUAUAUACUUACCGCAGUACUUUGGGGGACUUAUUUGCUUCUGGCCCUCUAAGUUGGGAACAAGAAACAUCAUUAACUGAUCUCCGUCUUUCUCUUAAUAUAUCAGAUGAUGAACAUUUGAUGGAGGAACAGUGUCGCCUUGUUCCGGGCAUGCAGACCUUGUGCUUUUAGAAGCCUUACUCUGAUGCUGGGGUUUUUUACGACUUCUCCCUUGGCCAUCUGAAUGGUGCAAGAAUCAGAGGCCGACCCAUGCUUUAUUCAUGUUCGACCUCUUGUAAAUGCUUUAUUGCAUUGAUCUUUUACUCUACAGAUAACUAGGAAGUAGGAACAGUCUUUCAUGUUACAUAAUUUUUUUUUUUUACUAAAAAAAAAUUCUCUCGAUCAAUUUAUUAUGC